AUAGAAUGCGGGCUAAGACUAAAGACUGAUAUGUAUGGAUUUACUUGUCAAUGAUAUAGAAAUGUGUAAUUAAAUCCAACUUUACACAUUUAUUGACUAAAAAUUUUCAAGAAACUAUUUGGUUAUUAUGUCAGAUGUACUGUAUCAAGAUCCCUUGCAGGGAGAACCAUUUGCUCAAUUGCCUACUCCUAAAUCAUUGGAUCCGAUACCAAAGAGCAUAAGUUUGACCGAUCCGAUAAUGCUCAGAUAUACUUUGUGUCUUAGUAUCGUGAUACGAAAUUGCUUUCAUGUCUAUCUGUGUUGGCGCCAAUUCCGUUUAUGCAAAAGAUCUCAAGAACCUCCACCUCAAAUGCUGGGUAUAAUGUCGCAAGCCACUUUCGAUUCAUCAAAGGAUAGGGAAAUGCGUACAGUGGAGCUUCAACUUAUUCGCUAUAUCUUUGAUGCGAUACUAAGCUGCUUGGAAUUGCAUUGUGGAGUAUUUCCAUAUCUUUGGAAACUCACUAUGUUGUGGUAUCGUCGAAUCGGAGAUGAUGUGUGGCAGAAUUUGGUCUUUAUGGUAAUAUUUUCCACCUACAUGGUAAUGCGGACAAUACCAUCGGUUUUGUAUGAUAAGCUAGUACUGGAACCAUAUUACGGUGCCGAUCCAGAAAAGGUGCGCACCCUGGUGGGUCUCUUAUGUGCCUCGGCCUUCCUUAUUGUCCUGGUGCAGGUUGCCCUGAUACCAAUCACUGUCAUUUUUCUGUUCAUCGAAGGUAAUGGAGGUUGGUAUUUUGUGCUAUGGAUUUGGGGUUUCCUAUUUGUUCUUUCGAUUGUGUGCCUGUUGUUCUUCAGUCUGUUUGGAGCUCCUUGCCUGGGUAAGAGUACCAAACUACCCGAGGGUAAUCUCCGCAAGGAGCUAACCAAAGUUUUUAGUGAUUUUAAAUUUCCAUCUAAUCGAGUCUAUGUGGUUCAAACAUUUCACAUUAGCAAUGCUACGGCUUAUGUCUGGGGCUGUUGCUGUUGUAAGCGUCUGAUUAUAUUGGACAAUUUGAUCUAUAAUCGUGGCAAACCAAUCGAAGAACUUCAUGAGGAUGAGGUUGGAUUGGGGCUUAAGGACGAACAAUUGGCCGCGUUUCUGGCCCAUCUAUUGUCCCAUUGGCGUAGAUAUCACUUGUUUAAAUCCUUCACCAUGGUACACAUUAGUUUACUUAUCUAUUUAUUGUUGUUCGGCACUUGCUAUCGGCAGCAAACAUUGUAUGAAGCAGCUGGAUUCUCAUAUGAAUUCUAUCCCCGUAUUGUGGGCUAUUGGUUAGUUUACAAGUAUGUAAUGCCUCCAUAUCUGACCAUCACCAAUUGGAUUAUAUUCUAUUUUAUACGUCACUUUGAGUACUCGGCGGAUAAAUACGCCUGGAAAUUGGGCUAUAGUCAAGACCUAAAAUCGGCUCUACUUAAAUUAUUUGCGGACAACCGUCUCUUCCCCAUGGUUGAUCAUUGGUAUCUCAUGUGGCAUCGAGUGAGGCCAUCUAUUCUGCAACGUCUCAGUAAUUUGCAUCGUUUGGAAGUGGGAUCUCGAGCAACAAGGUUGGAGUUAAUCUGAUUGCACUUGUUUUUUUGUGUUGUUCAUUAGAGAAGGAAGUAAAAGAAAUAAACAGGAUCAGAAGAGAGAAUUUAAAUUUGUGCUAAUUCAUUU